AUGUUGACUGACGGGAACCUGAUGAAGGUGGUGGGCUGCAUGGAGCGUAUCCGCUGUUUACCCUUGUACUCGCUACCCUGCUGGGAUGAGAUGGAGGAGUUGAGGUCUGAGAUGCUGGAGAUGAGGGACAUGUACAUGGAGGACGACGUCUACCAGCUGCAGGACUUACGGCAACAGAUGGAGCAGGCUAACAAGACCUGCCGCAUCCUGCAGUACCGGCUGAGGAAGGCAGAGCGACGCUCUCUGCGCGUGGCCCAAACAGGGCAGGUGGAUGGAGAACUGAUACGAACACUGGAGCAGGACGUCAAAGUGGCGAAGGACGUGUCCAUCCGUCUACACAAGCAGCUGGACAGCGUGGAAAAGAAGAGGAGUCGCCACGAGCUGGAGAACGAGGAGCUGCGGGUCCGCCUGCAGGACCUGGAGGUCGCCAAACAGGUCCUGCAGCAGGAGAUUGAGAAG